AUGAUUCACUCCAAAUACGAUUCAAGGCGGAAUGACAGGAAGCCAGAGCACAGGCCAACGAAGCACCGCUACCAACCCCCAGCACACAAUUCGAGCAGAGUCAAGAAGCCGUAUGAUCGCCAGUCGAUAAGAACCGACAGCAGACAGUUCAGAUCAAACCGGUACAAAAUACUGGAAUACAGCCUCAAUGUUAAGCCAACACAGGUCGUCGCGAUUAUGAAGGGAAUGGGAUCCACUGUUAAGUGGCCAGGCAAGCUCAAUCCUGAGACAAGGAGAGACAAGACCAAAUGGUGCGAGUUCCACGGCGAUCAUAGGUACAACACCAUAGACUGCAUCGCCUUACGACUAGAGGUCGCUAUACUUCUAAAGAGGGGACACCUCCGGGAUCUGCUAACCGAUAAGGGGAAGAACACCAUUAGCCAUAAAAGUUCAAAAGAACCAUCACCACCUCGGCGAGAACCUAUACUAAAAGGUUUCUGUUCGUUCAUCUCCGAAGGAUCAAAGAUCAGUGGGGUAAGUUACUCAUCAGCCAAGCGAUAUGCCAGAGCCAACCACCACCAUGAAGUCCAGUCCAUCCAUCCGGUCUCACGAUCACACACUCAUCAGGUAAUUCAAUUUGAAGAUGACGAGCCGGUCACCUUGGCCGUUCCUCAUCACGAUGCCCUAGUCAUCUCCCUGCAGGUCACCAACAUCCUAGUGAAAAGAGUAUUCGUAGAUGAAGGCUCUUCAGCAAACAUCCUAUUCCUCGAAACAGUGAAGGCUAUGGGACUAGAAGAGGCAAACAUCAACAGGCGGCUAACGCUGUUAGUUGGUUUCAGCUCUGAGCAGAAGUAUACUAUCGGGGAGAUCAUCCUCCCAAUCUAUGCUGGCGGAGUGAACAAACAGACCAUUUUUCUAGUAAUUGACUGCCCCUUGCCAUACAACAUCAUCUUGGGCCAACCUUGGAGCCACGACAUGCGAGCGAUCCCAUCUACCUUCCACCAGACUAUCAGAUUUCCAAUCAAGUGGGGGGUACGAGAGAUCAAGGGUGACCUUAAAACUUCCAAGGAUUGCUACAAGAAUGCCUUCAAAGGCAAGGGUAACUCUUCAUAG